AUGCUCUCCAUGCAACAGUUCCCUGCCCUGCCCGCGGAGGAGGAGCGCUACCGGCAGGUCCGCUCCGCCAACCGGGUCUUAGGAACAGAUGAGGAUAAUAUGGGGGAUGGUUGCUCCCAGAAACUGGCUUCUGCCAAGUUCCUUCGACUUUUGCUCCUAAUACUGAUUCCGUGCAUCUGUGCCCUGAUCCUUUUGUUGGUGAUCCUGCUUACCUUUGUAGGAGUGUUAGAAAAAACAUGCUUUUAUUCAAAUGGAAGUGAGGUCCUCACAGUUAAUGGUGAUACUGAAACAUCUGAUGAUCUUUUGCCAAACAUGGUUGAAAACAGUUCCAAGACUGAUCCCACAAUGGAUCUUGGUACAUGGCCCUCAUCCUGGACCACCACACCUUUAUCCCACAUUGACCAAAUGAACAAGAACUCAAAUAUAUUUAGAGAGACUUUCCAGGAAAAUUCAUUUGCUCUUGCAACUCAGGCCACAGUGCUCAAUCCUCAACCUACAUAUGAUGGUGCAGAGGGCUCUGAAAACAGCACCCAGAUGUUUGCCACUGCAGAAGAGGCAACUUUGUGGCCUACAGAUGCAUCCUUUAACAACACAGACAGGAUGACCGAUCGCCCAGUUAUAAGUCCUACCCGUCCAUCUGUGUCACAAAAAAUGGAUCAGAAAAAAAGUGCCUGCAUAAAUAUCACCAACAGCCAGUGCCAAAUGCUGCCAUAUAACUACACCACUAUAACUUCAGUUCUUUCCAUUGUCAAAAGUAUUGAAAUGGAAAAGUUCCUGAAGUUCUUCAGUUAUCUCAAUCGUCUCGGCUGCUAUCAACACAUCAUGCUGUUUGGCUGUAGUCUUGCUCUUCCUGAAUGCAUCAGUGAUGGUGAUGAAAGUCGAGGCCUCUUGCCCUGCAGGACAUUUUGUGAUGCAGCAAAAGAAGGCUGUGAACCAGUCCUGGGUAUGGUAAAUGCUUCUUGGCCAGAAUUCCUGAAGUGUUCUCAAUUCCAAAACAAACCUGAAAACGAUACCACUACGAGGGUAUGCUUCUCACCACAUCAAGAAAGAGGAAAGCAGUCACUGUGUGGAGGUGAGGAGAGUUUCUUGUGUGCCAGUGGGAUCUGCAUCCCAGGGAGACUGCAAUGUAAUGGCUACAAUGACUGUGAUGAUUGGAGUGAUGAAGUCCAUUGCAACUGCAGUGAUGAUGUAUUUCGUUGCAACACAGGAAAAUGCCUAAAUUAUACCUUUGUUUGUGAUGGAUAUGAUGACUGUGGAGACCUUAGUGAUGAACAAAACUGUGAUUGUAAUCCAGUGACACAUCAUCAGUGUGGAGAUGGGAGAUGUAUAACAGCUGAUUGGGUAUGUGAUGGUGACCAUGACUGUAUAGACAAAUCAGAUGAAAUCAAUUGCUCGUGUCAUAGUCAGGGUCUGGUGGAGUGCAGAAAUGGGCAGUGCAUUCCUAGUGCAUUCCAGUGUGAUGGAGAUAAUGACUGUAAAGAUGGAAGUGAUGAAGAAAACUGCAGUGAAAGUCAAACCCUCUGUCAGGAGGGAGACCAGAGAUGUACUUCCUGUCCUGAUCCCUGUGGAACUUCUCUUUGUGAGAUGAGAAACAGCCAGACAAACUGCAGUCAGUGUGAACCAAUUACUCUGGAACUCUGUAUGAACUUGCCUUACAACUAUACUUAUUACCCAAACUACCUGGGCCACAGGACGCAGAAGGAAGCCUCUAUCAGUUGGGAGUCUUCUCUUUUCCCAGCCUUGGUUCAGACCAACUGCUACAAGUACCUUAUGUUUUUUGCCUGUACAAUCUUAGUACCAAAAUGUGACCCCCAUACAAAUCAGCGGAUCCCACCUUGCAGGACAUUAUGCGUACAGUCUAAGGAACACUGUGAGUCUGUGCUUGGGAUUGUAGGUCUGCAGUGGCCAGAAGAUACUGACUGCACUCAAUUUCCAGAUGAGAACUCAGACAACCAAACUUGUCUAACACCAGAUGAAGAUGUAGAAGAAUGCUCACCCAGUCACUUCAAGUGCCGUUCUGGGAGGUGUGUCCUGGCAUCUCGAAGAUGUGAUGGUCAAGCUGACUGUGAGGAUGAUAGUGAUGAAGAGAGCUGUGGUUGUAGAGAAAGGGGUCUUUGGGAAUGUCCUUUGAAGAAGCUGUGCAUCAAACACACUAUGAUCUGUGAUGGUUUCCCUGACUGCCCUGACAUGAUGGAUGAAAAGAACUGCUCAUUUUGUGAAGAGAGUGAACUUGAAUGUGCCAAUCAUGAAUGUGUGCCACGUGAGCUCUGGUGUGAUGGGCAAGCAGACUGCAGUGACAGCUCAGAUGAAUGGGACUGUGUUACCCUGUCUAAAAACAUGAAUUCCUUGAUGUUCCUGACCAUUCACAGGUCAGCUGCUGAUAACCAUGUUUGUGCUGAUGAGUGGCAAGAGAAUUUAAGCCAACUGGCCUGCAAUCAGAUGGGUUUAGGAGGACCAUCCAAAACAGAGAUUGUAAUAGAGAAUGAGGAAAUGCAGAAUCAAAAAUGGCUGAACCUGCACUCAGACUGGAAGAACAGAAAUGCAUCCACUGUACAUGCACUUCUAGUGAACGGACAGAUGUGUCGAAGCAGAAGCAAAGUGGCUGUCUUUUGCACUAAAGAAGACUGUGGCCGUCGCCCAGCUGCUCGCAUGAACAAGAGGAUCCUUGGUGGCAGGACCAGUCGCCCAGGCCGAUGGCCGUGGCAGUGCUCCCUGCAGAGUGAGCCAAGCGGACACAUUUGUGGCUGUGUUUUGAUUGCAAGGAGAUGGGUUUUGACAGUAGCACACUGCUUUGAAGGGCGAGAAAAUGCAGCUGUUUGGAAAGUAGUGUUUGGGAUUACUAAUCUUGAUCAUCCAUCAGGCUUCAUGCAGACCCGACUAGUGAAAACCAUUAUCCUCCAUCCACGGUACAACAGAGCAGUUGUAGACUAUGAUAUCAGCAUUGUGGAACUAGAUGAGGACAUCAACGAGACAAGCUAUGUAAGACCUGUCUGUCUGCCCAGCAAGGACCAGCUGGUUCAGCCAGAUACCUACUGCUACAUCACAGGCUGGGGACACAUGGGCAACAAAAUGCCUUUCAAGCUUCAAGAAGGAGAGGUUCGCAUCAUUUCCUUAGAACAAUGCCAGUCAUACUUUGACAUGAAAACCAUCACUAGCAGGAUGCUGUGUGCCGGCUAUGAGUCUGGCACUGUGGACUCUUGCAUGGGUGACAGUGGAGGACCACUUGUGUGUGAGCAACCUGCAGGGCGCUGGACUUUGUUUGGUUUAACAUCUUGGGGCUCUGUCUGCUUUUCCAAGGUUUUGGGACCUGGAGUUUACAGUAAUGUGUCACAUUUUAUUGAAUGGAUUGAAAGACAAAUAUACAUCCACACCUUUCUGCUAAACUAGCUCCAGAUGGUAAGAACUCUGCUGACAGCCAAAAGAAAAAAGGAAUCAGCACUUCAUCACCGAAGACUCUGCAGUCCAGAAACUCUAUGAAAAGGAGUUUCAAGUUCUGUCUAUUCUUGUUGUGGAGCUAUGGAAUAUGCAGUGUAUGUUAAUGGUAAACUCUCUGCUGGUGAACAUACUUUGGGGUAGAAUUAAUCAUCCUUUUGACUUUUACUUAACUGUGUUGUGGUUCUAUUCCAAACACAGUAAAAGGCUUAAAAGAAAAGAAUCAGCCACUUUCUGCCUUUCAGCUAUUCAAACUAAGCAGUAGCACAGACUAGGAAAACCUUUUUAAAUAGCCUACUUUAAUACUAUUCAACUAGUAACACGUGCAUUUUCACUCACUUGUUGUCAUGAGGAAUGAACUCCGUGCGUUCAGAUGGCACUGACAGGAUGUAUAUUCUCAAGGGCAACACCAGGCACGGCCUCACCACAUGCUGGAGGGUGUGGAAGAGAUCGACGUGUUUGUACGUCCACGUGGCGCAGGGCACAUCAGUGUACGCGUGCAGGUCUCCAGAGGCACGCAGCUGUGUGCCUCUGUUGUGCCUGAACUCACACAUUCUGUCCCUCAGGGUGGCUGACUUGCAGGGGCGUACCCCUGUACCAUCCCGGCUCCACAGCUUCUGUUCCCAAAGCCAGCCUGGGUAUCUCUGCGGGGAGGUGGAGGGACCGGCAGCCAACAGACCCAUAACUACCACCUGAGGCACCCGACACCAAAAGUUAGUUGUUCAGACUCUUUGGACACUUUCUACCACUAAUUUUCUGAAGCUUCCAAUGGUUUAAUGUGUCCAGGAAAACACCCACAUCCUGACAGCACCACACCAAUUGGCACAUUUAUCAAACCUAUGCCCCGCUGGCUUUUUUCCCCAUUUUGUACAGUGCAUUCAGCCUAUAAAGCAUGCACUGAUCAUCUCCAGCCCUCUGAAACGUAACAGGGUUGGCAAUGCCACUGCCAACAGUUUCCCCUCCUACAACAUCUCUUUUCUAGUACCCUGCAUUCAAGUUUCAUUUUGCUUAGCAAGAUCAUACAAUUUGGAGAAAGAACAAGGCAGAAAGAAAUCUGAAUGACAGAACUCUCAGAUUCCAGCUUCUGUUCAAAAAAAUACUAGACAUACGUUAAGCAGAGUAUAACAGCAAAUGCUCAAGUGCUUGGUAGCCAGGUGGCGGAGUGCACUGGGCAGCAGGUAAGAGGCUAAGCCUUGAAUCCAAGAAAAUCUGGUUGAAAAACAUUACAGUGGAGCUUGGCACUUCCUGGUGCUCGAGGGGAAGCGUGCCUUACCGGCUGCUGUAGGUGACAUCCUGCACAGCUCACAGCUUUUGGGAGGCCACAGUAGGAGGAGUCAGGAACCUGAGGAUUACAGGAUGAAUUUCACGUUUAAAAUUUGGGUGUUUUCAGUGCUGUGCCUGGUCCCCGGUGAAUUCAGCCUAAGGCAUGUAAUUACCCGCUCUGCUACCUCUGGCAUGCCCCCAUGACAACAUGGCAGGGCCUUGUCAAUACCGUGACUGCCAGAUGUGGAAACAUGCAUUAAAAGCGCUCACUAACGGCCCUUCCAGGUACUAUUAAUCACAUUAUAACUACUCUACAUAGAUCUGACCAUUGCUUUAGUCAAGGUUUACCUCUUAUUUCCGUAUCUUCUCCUUUAACAUGCCUAACAUUAGACAUGCACUCUAGACAGCAUUAUUAAUAAAUAUUCCGUAUUUAUGUUAUGGAUUCUGAAACUCUAUUUAAGUGACUAUUAUUGUACCACUGUUUCAUGCUCGGAAAGAAAACCCUUCUAGGCUUUACUAGGUUUGGGUUUGUUAAUUUUUCUUUUUAUAUAUUAAAGAUUUUGUUUUUACUAUAACAUCAACGCUUUUCUUCCCCCAGCUAUAAAUGAGAGAAAGCAGCUGUGACCAUGUUUUUCCAGUGCAAGCAGAUCCCAGAUGAAGCAGGUUAUCAAUGACUUUGCCUCAAAGGUAUGGAAGCUGGAGCUCUGUCUCCCACUUCAGCUUUUCCCUGGGGCCAGGAUCUCUGCAGCUGUCGGGCAGUACGGGUCAGAGUCCUGGAGCCAGUUACGGGGAGUCAGGGGAGCAGUGGGCCCGGGGCGCUCACAGCCAGCCCACCCCUGACCCGUUCGGUGACAGGCAGGUUUCAGCCAGGUCACUUUUCCAGGAGUAAAAACAAAGAGGCGCUGUUGUGAACGGCACAGCCCAGCCUGCUGUGCCUCCGCCAGAUGAAGCGGUUACCAGCAGCUUUGAAUUCUGUAAAGCACUGGAGUACGUAGAAUGAUUUCAUGUAGGUGUUACCACUACCAAAUGAUAAUAUGUAAUUACACAUUUUAAUUAACGCGGUUUGGCCUGCUGCCAGUUUCCAAGCAGUCUCUCCCAGGAAAUGAGGGAGAGCCCUGCUUUAAACACACAUGGUCCAGCCCCCUCCUGUAUGGGAUAAGGAAUUAUAGGCAGAGCCCCAUCCCAAAUGGCUUUAGGAGGGAGCAGCUGGGUCUUUUCCUUCGCCACAACUCUGUCUGACACAACAUUCCAUGUAAAGAGGAAAUUUGUAAUUUUAUAAAUGUAUUUUUAUACCGUUUUUUUAAUGUGUGCACAUGAAAUAGGCAAACAUACUCCUUCCACUGUACCAAGCCUUUCCCUGUGUGCUGACAUAACGGCUAUGACCACAGUUACGCUGUUUCUCUUACAAGUGUAGCCUCACUUUAAAGUAACAAUUGUUGGUUUUACUUCCACCACAGCUGUAGCUCCAAAUGGAAGCAAUGUCACACAGUCAAGCAGAUGUGUUUCUUUCUAGCUGUACUAAUAAAAAUUUACAACCAUUUUCCAAAUAACUUCUCUGUUGAAAAGAUGUUUUAAUCUUGAGAGAGACGCUCGACGAUAGCAUGGAGGUAUGAAGUUACAACUUCAGCAAUAAUGCCUAACAAUGCCUUAGAAAGGUAUUCACAUACCCUUAUCCAGCUUUUUUAAGCAGCCCUCACAGCCCUGUUAGCACUACACCACCUGUGGAGGUUCUGGCACUAACACCACUGUACAACUUCUAGUUUCUUCUGCAUGUGUGCUUCCAGUACAGAAUAUUACACCAAGAACACCACCGUCAACGGCUCUGGACUGAAAAAUCUGAAAAACUAAAGCUGCUAUCAAAUUUCUCUGAACACGUUUUGUUCUACAGCUUUCCUCAGGAAUACAAGUAGUUUGAAAUAACCAGUUUUAACCGGUACACAGCACUUCAGCAACAUGUACACGUGCUGAAAUCAAAAUAAUAAGCAUACAGAAACAUAAAAUAGUUAAAACCUGCCUUUCCACUGCAGUCAACAGUAAGGUAUCCAGGACCACGAGGGCAAGAGUAACAUAAACAGAAUAAAGCAGGAACAAAUAAUACAAAACCAUACUGUAAUUCAGCUAUAACAACAUUCUUAACACAGUUGCAUUUGGAACUUGUCCGUCAGCCUCUGCAGAGAGCAAGGGCUGGUCUGACCGUCAGCAGAGCCAGAGCAGGCAGGAGCAGUGGGUGCCCUGCCUUAGCUGGUCUUCGGCCUUGUGCUGAAGGCAAAAACACAGCUUGGGUUCAACGUUCAGCUCAAACUGUGCCCCAGGUACAGACCAAAGCUCACUGUGCUAUGAAAAUGCUAUUUAAAGGCUGUGGCUGACUGCCACCUGUGAAUGUUUACCGCAGGUGCAGCUGCUGUGAACAAAAUAAAUAAAUUUAAAACCCAUAUUUUUUUCAAAUCAAAUACUGCACAUGAAAAAGUGAGUUCAAGCUGCUGUAGGUGUAGCUACAAAGUUUGGGGGAGUUGAAGGUGGUUGUUUUGGCUUUUUUAAACUGACCAUCAAAAGUGUAAAUGCUGUGCUUUCCUUCAUGACAUCUGGAAGGCACCUGUGAGAUGAUCUUAAAAAGCUUAUUUUCAAAAUGGAAAAGUCAGGUCACGCUGUGCCUAAGUGCAGGAGUGCAGAAGCAAGCAGGAGACUGUGACGUUUCCAGUGCUACAAUAAAAUAAAAAAAUAAAGGAAACACUCAACUGUUAAGAAGCAAAGGGACAGCAAUUUGUUUGCACCCUUCAUUUGGCACCACUUCAGAUAUGGCCAAUUAACAUUUUGAAGCUUUUAUUAAAGCCUCACUACCCUCAUCUCCCCUUCAGUAAAAAACAGCAGACAGCCCAUACAUAUUUCUGCUGUUUGUUUACCAAUUCAAAAAAAAAAAAAAAAAAAGCGAAAGAGAGAGAGGAGAAAAAAGAAAAAUAAAGUUUUACACAAUGGAUAAUUUUAUCCCUUAGACUGCUUGUUGAAGUCCUCUAAAAGAACACAACCUAAGCAGACAAUUGCAAGCAACAUGCAGUAUCAGUGAAACAACACACCAAGAAAACAAACGUGUGUGUGUGUGUGUAUUUUUUACCACUUCAAGUGGUACAAUAGUACUCACAAUCUCAGCACAGAUGAACUUCUUUUAAAGGGAUCUGAAGUUUCAAGGCAACCCACAGGCCCUGGCACCUUGGAGACCCAGAAGUGAUCUUCGUGCAAUUUAAGAAUCCAGCCCGACAGCCUCACUGUGCUAAGCAGUCUGAGUAGUGGGGUGACAAGGCCUGUAAAAAGCCUCGUAACAGCAAUUUACCUGUCCCAGAGGCAUUAUGCAGCUGGCCCCAGGUCUAACAGGUGACUGUCACUUGCAUUUCUUCGCAUUUCUUCGUGUAGUUAGUUUGACGUUACGGCUCACAGUCACAGAGGAUUUUGGAAGAUCCUACUCUGAAUGCUUACAGCUUUUGUAUGAUACACAGGCAAACUCCUGAAACACAAUGAUCAGGUACCUGCCAAAUCUGCUUGUCAGUUCCGCUCCUGCAGCAGGGGCAACAAGAGGGCAGGUCACAGUGUUGUCCCCCAAACUCCUUUUAACAAUGACAGGGAGAGAGCUGAGCCCAGCACUCCCUCAGGUCACUGCGAGUCCUAGAGCUCCUCCAUGAAAACUCAGCGUACCUCAGUCAAAGACAGCCACAGACUUGCAGAACCGCAGAACACAACAAUCUGUUCUCUGUGGCCACAAGUGAAAAGAGGCCACAGAUCUAAGGUGCAGAAGAAACAUUCCCGUGAGACAGCAGAAACACAACCAAUAUUUGACUCUGAGGGCAGGAAACCACUGGCCCGGCCCGGCCCUCUGGCCCUCUUUACAACAGAACAUCUGCUAGGAGCGGUAAGAGUAAAGCUGAGCCCGCCUUGCGGCUGUGGGGCAGGGCAGAUGACUUCCCAGAGUCCCAGGAAGGGCUCCUGUACGAUUCUGCCCUUGUACCAGCUGCAGAACGUGCUGGCCACUUUGCGUCUUCCUCUUAGGACACAGUUCCCGUGGUUUGUAGAGAAAGCUGAUGUGCUCCACUCAGGACACCUGGAGGCCACUCCUGGCAAGGUGCCUCCCACAGCAAGAAGGAUGCUACAGACAAACAUCUGUUAAUCGUAACUGCAAACCAACAUGCUUGACAUGAUCUCUUAGAAUUUGAAUGUCUGCCAUCACUUCAAAGGUCCACACUAACCUGAUGUUAGAACUUAGCAAAAAUAUUUUGUCAUAUGUUGAACCGAAUUAAAAUAAAAAUAAAUAUUUGCAUAAAUGGCUGUCAUCCCUGGCUCCUUCCACUAUUUUUCUUCUACAGGCUAAACAAAAAGGAUAUUAUUCUCCUCACUAACACCAGGGAUGGAGUCUGCCCUAAUUAUAUUCUACCUUUCAAAAACAGAACAGUUUCAAACUUCUGGUAACAUGUGGUGACUUGCAUUUGAAUGAACUUAGCAUGCCCUCAGUAUCUGCCCUCCAUAGCAGCAGCUGUCUCAGACCUCACAGCGUUUGUUUAAAUUCUUUCAGAGAUCUUAAAAGAUGUGAAAUAUGUAAUGUUGAUCACUGACAUGGAAAGCUCAUGGUUCAAUUAAAAAGCAGAGCCCUUGCCCCAAACAUGGUGCCUAAAAAUAAACGACACGAAUCUUUGCAAUUUGAAAGCAAAAAGUUUUAGAAAGAAACAGAACCAAAAAAUGGGCUCAAUGCUAAUAAUUCAUUAGCAGCUACACUUUGAGGAAACUGUUUAUUUCAACAGGUGCUAGGGGAUACAAACAAUUUCCUAAGUUCCUCCAUAAAUUGGCCCUGUAACUUUUGAGAAGUAAAAGGAGGCAGUAUUUUAGACAGCCUGGAAUACAGCAGCAGCCACACACACUUUAGCCAGCUUUCGUGCAGAGCACUGGGAAACCGGCAGAGGCAGGGUAUCUCCAAGAUAGAUGAGCAACACAGCUCAAAUCUGGCGUAUGCAACGGGUCAUACCUUCUUCUGAGCACCCUUUAGAGAUACUGAAGCUGUUUAUAAUAAGAGUCUGGAGGAAUGGUAAAACACCUGAGAGUGAAAAAGGGUAAUGCAGCUAGAAACUGCUAGAACUGCUUAUUUAUAAAAGACGACCUGAAGACAGACUGGAGCUACCCACAGCCACCGGCAGACAAUUCUGCAGUGCAGGCAUGAGGCAGAGUUUAGAGCAGUCAGGCAGCCAGCAUCUAAGUUGGGUGAGGAGGACAAGAAGUCCAGUCAGUGGUGAUGGAGAUGAAAUGGCACAUGGAGGCAAGAAGGACGGACGCAGCAGGAGGAUGAACUAUCAUGGAGAAGACAAAAGGCUGCAGCAGGAUUUGCUCUUCUAGUGGAAGAGGAAGGAGAGGGAGACAUGACACAUGUGUCUCAUCUGGGCUGUUUUUCUGGCAAUGAAAAUUGUGUUUGGCCAGCACUGAGAUGGCCCGUGCGAUAGCCUGGUGAACAAACUGGACCACAAGGGUUAAAACAACUACUGUAUACACACACUGGAGCUGUCUGGCAACAAGCCAACCAGUAACACUACCUCCCAGCCCUUCUGCUAGCAUCAUACUUCAGCAACUGGUGAAUCCCAGGGAAUGCUAGGAUAUUUUAGGAUAGCACUCCAAGGGAGCAAGUUGGCUCACCUGAACUGGAUCCUGCAAAUCUGUGUUCAUGCAAUGUCCUGUGACCACAACACCACAAGGUAUUAUGCAACGUUGCAUACAAGAAAUAAGCAGUACGCAAAG